AUGAGGCACCUCAAGGUGCGAUCGCUCAUGGUGCCUCCCGGCGUGCCUGACUUCUUCACUCGCGUUCGCCUCGUCGAAGAAGGCAAUGUCAAACUGAAGGGCCGCGUGUGGGCGGGACCGCUGGCGGUGAAGCAGGUGCUGGUGAGCGUCGACGGCGGCGUCACGUGGGCCGAGGCCACGCUGGCUGCCAAGGCCGUGGGCAAUGGCGCAACGCGCGCCGGCGCCAAGCACUUCCUCAUGACCAAGGCCAUCGACGAGCUGGGCAACGCGCAGGACAAUGCCGACGAGUGGAACUACUACGCCAUGGGUGCCACGGUGCCGCAGUCGUGGCGCAUCACCGGCAAGCCUCUGCCCAACCCGCCUCGCCACCCCAAGCUCUAA